GUCUUGCAAAGCAUCAUCCUCGUCACCAAAUUCUCGUUGGGUUGGCCAUGAAAUUUCUGAUUGCAGGCUAUCUUGGUCGAGAGAUACUGUAGCGAUUCUUGUAGACCGGCUAGUUGCGGUCUGAUAUCUAAGAGGCAUCCAACCAAUAUUGGCAAUUUGAAAAUCUGCACUAUCAUCUCCAAACUUAUUCUACCGGUAGUGAAAUGAUCCUGACCCAACCAUCUCAUCGCCGUGGGCAACAGUCCGUCAUUAAGGAAGGAGGACGGAAUCAUCAUCAUUCUUCGGACAAUUGGUCCGAUCAAGAAGUGGCUGCCGAUUCCUCUUCUUCUUGUUAUUCCAGAGAUAGCAGUAGCAUCAGCAGUGCUCGUCGUCGUCACAACAGCAACAACGCCAAACGCAUCAGCAACACUACUAGCCAAAACACUACUAACAGCAAGCCUCCCAUGAUUCCGGAAAAGGUGCACCAUCGCGUGAGUAGUCUUCGUCAGUCGUCGUACAAGAGUCUCAACAACAACAACAACAACAACAAUCAUAACAGCAAUAACAACAAGAGCUCGUCUCGACACCACCACAAGAACGCAAGUAGUGGUAAAAGUCACAAUGUGGAAAGCGAAGUGUUUCUGCGCAAUCCCAAGACGGGUGGCUUUGACUACACUCCGGCGGUCCAAGACUACGAGCAUCACUUAAAGACGGUCGAUUUGGAUCGUCACACGAGCAGUUCCAGUCAUUUGAAACUCAAGCAACGACGAUCCUUUCAAUUGCUGGAAGACGACGAAGGCGACCAAGAUGAUGAAACCACAUUGCACGAUUCCACCGUGUACACGAGUUAUACUCGCAAACCACUCUUGAACAAGGAAAACAAUCAUGCACAGCAAUCGCAAUCGCAACAACAUACCAGUAGCAGCAGUAGUGGGAGCAUUCUGGAAGCACAGCAACAGCAAGCACCUGCCAAAUCCCACAAGAAAUCUCCUCUCUCGCUCUUGUCCCCACGCUCCAAAACUUCCUUCAAACAGUACUUUUCUACAAAGGCUCACAAGACUCCCAAUAAUCCACAACCACUCUCCUCCAAGGUCGACAAGGGUGGUAGUACCACGGCACCUCCUUCCGUCACUCCCUCUCCACCCCGCCAGAAGAAAGGAUCCAUCUUGAAACAGUUGAAAUGCAUGGCCGCCACUGCCGUUGCCAGUCCACCCAAGAACAUUAGUAGUAGUCAACAAACCAGACAACCAGUAGUCACACCUGAACCACAACUAGAACAAGAACCACCACCACAACAAGAACCACCACAACCACAACGACAAGCAUCACACGACACGCAAUCCGUGGCCACGAGUACUCCGGAAGAAUUCAUGGAACCACGCACCAACUUGGACGAACUCGAACAACAAUCUCCCGCCGUCGUAUCGCGACAAAUCAUGGACAUGCUCAUUAUGAACUCGAUCAGUACACGACAACAACAACAACAGGGAUAUAGAGAUCGGAUACAAUCACUCGCUGCGGCAUCCACACAUUCCAUGAUGCCAACACCACCCCGCACUGGACGAUCGCCUCCUGCCAUUUCUACCGUCCAGUCGUCGCUGUCGUCGACAUCGACCUUUUGCGAACAUUCUCUCAUGGACAAUGUUGUGGACGAAGAAGACGACGAUGAUGACGACGAUGACGAAGAGGAUGAUAUUCUCUCACCGCGUCGUCGUAACACUACCAACAACAAAAACAACAACACCAAGAAAACAUCGUCUCCCUUUUAUACCGCGUCGGUCGCAUCCUCUUGUCUCGACUUUUCCUUUAGUACUGUCGGACCACAGAGUACGUUGUGUAAUGGCAAAUCGCCCGAACAGGACUGGUCGUUUGAUGCCGUCAGUCCCGUCACACCCUCGGCACUCUUUUGCGGUGGCAUGUUGAGUCCGGCCGAGAUGAGCGCCAGUCUCCUCAAUACCACCAUGGACGAUUCCUGUUUGCUCGCCGACUCGUCCGGAUUCGAUGCCGAUUUUGAACGCACAUUUGGAGAAGAUACCGUCACGACGUUGGAUCAUGUCGCCGUUUGUCAAGAAUCCUGGCAAUCCAGUGGCGCCAUGUUGUUGACCGAAGCCGGAUUGAAACGACACGACGAGAAACGAUUGCAACUCGAACAUGUCGAACCACUCACACUGCGGCAACAAAAUGGAGCCGGGAAAUUGGAAAAAGAAGUACUCCAACAAAAGGUGGAACGAUUGCAAGCCAAGGAAUUGCAGAAACAAGCCGAUGCGUCGUUGGAAGAAGAACGAGCUGCACGACGACGUAAACGACGACAACAUCAAGUGCCACAACAACCAUUGCAACCACUGCAACAACAACAACAACAAGAAGAUCGAAGUACGUGCGACGAUGUUCCAACCAAAGAACGAGAGUCUCCUUGUACACCGUCCAAACGCAGCAGUCCACCCCGGAAUAAUCAUCAUAACAACAACAAUGCCACGCCCGUGCAGCGUCACGUCAAUUCCAUGUCGCCGCAAACAUCCACGGGGCCGUCUCCUCCUCCUCAUGCCGCCACCAGUACCAAAAAGGCGUCCUUUUUCAAGCGCGUCUUUCAGAAAAAGCCCGGUGCCGAAGAACUCAAACGACAAUGGAAGGAACGAGAACGACAACGUGUGCAAAUGGCACAGUUCGAACGGGAAGAAGCCGAACGAAUUGAGCGGGAACGCAUCGAAUCGUUGCGACAGAGUUAUUUGGAAAAACAACGACAAUUAGAGGCAUGCGGUGCAAAGUCUUCCAAAAAAGUGAUUGUCGAUGUCGACAAUGUCCCGCCGUCGCCGCCCGCCAUUAUUAAAAGGAAUGUCGAUGUCGACGACUUGUCGUCGUCUCCCGAUGAGGCGCCGAAUAAUAACAAUAAUACGAGUGCCGAAGUGGAUGUGGAUGACGUGAUUGCCGAGGACUGUGCCAUUUUCAUCUCGUCCUCGCCGCUCGACGCCUAUCUGGCGAAUAGCAAGAACACGAACAACAAGAGCAAUAGCAACAAGAACAACAAAAUCAGGGCGCAACGAUACAAGUUUGACGACGCGGACGUCCACAAUCAUCACAACAACCACAACAAAGAUCAAGCAAGCACCUCGACUGUGGUAUCGGGAACUGCCACUAGCACCGCCACGACACAAAUGAGCGGAUUGGGACCAUGUUGUGUCUGUCAUCGAAGAGAACGAACGCACAUUGCCAUGCCCUGCAUGCAUUUUGCCUUUUGCGAAGAAUGUGUCCGCAGCCGAACGGUGUGUCCCAUGUGUACCACGGAAAACGUCAUUUUUAGCAGAGUGAAUACGGAAUGAAUGAAUGAAUGAAUGAAUGAAACGAAGGAAAUGUAAUGGAAGCAAUCUUCUUAUAAUAGAAGAAUAAAAAGUAGCAGUAGUAGAGGCAGUUUGUUGGCACCGAUAUAAUAGAAUAGAAAGAUCAUCCUACUAGUAGUGCAAUUAGAGUUACCCCGCUUGUUA